AUGUAUCCCUCCAUCUACGCGGACGGCUCACCGCCGCGCGCCUCUCCCGAAGCCAUCACAGCGCAACUACCAGCGCCCGUCAGCGCCCCGUCGUCAUCCCCAGGUUCCGGGACGCCCAUGGAUCGCGACCCCAGCAAUCCAAGCGGCACCCCGCAGCUCGGUCAGCGUACCCCGGACGGCGUCGAUGGGCACGCCGACGGUAUUCCCAAUGGUGGAGCUAUGCCCAGUCACCCGACUUCAGCCACUGAGACCAACCACUCGCCUCUCCCCGCACUCAACAAUGGCUUGUACUUUCCUCCCAUUUGGCCACAGAGUGAACUGUGGGACCGCCAGAACGUGCCCUGGCUCGGGCGUGGACAGCAGUCCCAGUCAAGCCAGCAGUCUCAGCCUCAGCCCCAGAGUCCGAGCCAGAGUCAAAGCCAGUCUCAGUCUCAGUCUCAGUCUCAGCCACCGUCUGGAUCUGGGGCUCUGGACCGCUGGCGCGCCGGUUAUUAUCGGUAUGAGCGCCGCGAUGACAAGUUUCCCAGUAUCGGUAGGGCAACUGGAACGCGUGAGCGUGAUGGACCCGACGGACUGGACCACUACGAUCGCGACGGGUACUAUGACAGGAGCGACCCCUUCAACAAGGCAAGUACGGCGGGCUCGAGCUCGGCUCCCCCUCCUCCUCCGUUAGGUGUCAAUGUCGGCUACGUGCACCCGCAAGACCGGCCACUUCCACCUCGUCUCUCGCUCUUCAGCCCUCCGUACUACCCGCAGCAUCAGGUGUAUGGUCAUGCUGGCCCACCACAGUCUGAAGACCGGCCGUCCAACCCUCCGUCACAGUCAGCCUUUGGCCUUUCAAACAUACACGACAGCUAUAUCCCUUCGCUCAACCACUCGCUGCCGUCUCCCAACUAUCUCUCGGCUCCCAACCACCUAAACCACAUGCCGAUGAACCACAUGAACCACCUCGACAACCUCAGCAUGUCCAACCACCUUCCCCCGCCUCAGAACAUGCUCCCCCUCCCAAACAAUAUGAAUCACAUGGGUAUGCACAUGCAGCCUCCCGUCUUCCCUUUUUCCGCCCCCGACUGGCCCGGCGCGCCGAUGGAAAACAGCCCCAACCACAAUUCGAACCACGACCUAAUCCGCCCCCGCGAAUACCUGGGCAGCCCGUCGUCCUCGGAAGCCGACGGCCAGGGCGCCCAAGGCGGGCCUAGCGCAUCUACCAACGCCGGUCCCAGCGCGGUCCGUCGCGGUGGUCGCUCGGGUUCCGCUCCUCCUGCGCGCCGAUUCCCUUGCCCCGACUGCUCCGAAGCCUUUACGCGCCGUAACGACCUCAACCGCCACAGACGGAAGCACACCGGGGAGAAGCCGUUCCAAUGCCCCGUCUGUGGGACGGCCUAUGCACGCAAGGACAAGCUGCUCAUGCACAUCCAGCGCGCUGAGCUUUGCCGUUCGCGUCUGCCUCCGCGGCCGCCUGGCCGCGACCGCGGCAGGGGCGCUAGCGCCAACUAA